AUGUAUACUCCAAUUGUUGUAGGCGUUGGCGAUGUCAUUAAUAGGUCCAAAAAGGCAGAGGAUGCGAUUGAACCUCUGAAAUUAAUGAGCCAAGCCAUCGAGACAGCAAUAAAAGACACAGGGCUGUCGUCUGCCGCAGCCGCCAAACUGAAGUCGAGCAUCGAUAGCAUUGAUGCUGUCCGAUGCUGGACGUGGCCAUACCCUGACCUUCCUGGGUCACUCUGUGACAUCCUGAAAAUCAACCCGGAACAUAGGCACUACCACCCCUUCAACUCAGGCAGUACCCCGGGUCUAUUCUUCGAUCAAGCCUCGCGAAGGAUAUCCUCGGGCGAAACCAAAGUCGCAGUCUUGACUGGUGGCGAAGCCCUAGCAUCCAUAAAAGCGUGUCUUGCUGAGGGUAAAAUGCCGCCGCCUGGCUGGACAAAUGUCGGCAGGAGUGUCAGUGAUCCAACAGCCCGCCGGCUGGCGGAUGAUGUCGCGGGUCUCCAUGGGAUUGGUACGCCAAUGCAGGGAUAUCCGUUGUUUGAGAAUGGCUUCAGAGCCCACCGUGGUCAGUCAAUCCCACAGAAUAUUGACGAGUCUGCGAAACUGUACGAACACUUCGCCGCUAUUGCCUCCAAAAACCCGAAUGCUUGGUUUUUUGGAAACUCGGAAACUGCAAACUCAAUCAAAACAGUCACUAAACAAAAUCGAAUGAUAUGUUUUCCAUAUCCUCUUUUAAUGAACGCGAUGAACCUAGUCAAUAUCAGUGGAGCUGUCCUUUUGACUUCCGCUGAGUAUGCUGCGGAACUAGGAAUUCCCAGAUCCAAAUGGAUAUAUGCUUUGGGCGGUGCUGGUACCAGGGACAGCCCUAACUUUUGGGAGCGCCCAAACUUUUACUCCAGUCCUUCCAUCUCGAGAUCACUGGAUGCCGCAAUUGAAGUCUCGGGACUGAGAAGGGAGGAAAUUGACCUCUAUGACUUUUAUUCAUGCUUUCCCUAUCGUCCCCAAAAUUGCGGCCCAUGCCCUCGGUUUACCAAUCACCAACCAUGCUCAACCUGUUACCCUGUUGGGGGGGGUCUUACUUUCUUCGGUGGUGCCGGGAACAACUACUCAAUGCAUUCCAUAAUAGAGAUGGCACGCGCACUACGCACCGGCAGAGGCCAUAAUGGGCUUGUUCUGGCAAAUGGCGGCAUAAUGACCUACCAACAUGUCGUUGUUAUGUCAGUUCGACCUCGUCCGGACGGUUCGCCGUAUCCCGUGCGACAACCUCUUCCUGAAGUAAUCACAGACAUUAGUAUCCCGCCCAUCGAGGCAAAGGCUGAUGGCGAGGCGGUGCUUGAAACAUACACAGUUGACUACAACCGGAAUGGCUUGCCGUUCCGUGGGUAUAUUAUUGGGCGCAUGAAGAGUAAUGGUCACCGAUUUUUGGCCAACCAUGCGGAUGAAAACACGUUGAAGCAGCUCUGUAGUACGAGCAAAGAGCCAAUUGGCAGGAGUGGGUGGGUGAGGAACGACAGCCUCAGUGGGAAGAACUUGUUUAGAUUCGAGAGUGAAUGGAGGUUGUAG